GGCUGAAAAUAAUUCCAACUUCGCUUUUCUCCCUUUAAACCGGAGCUGGAAAUCCAGCUCCUUUGCUUGCUACCGUUUUCGUCCUUAAGUUAGAAACAAAAACGCUUAACUUUGUGAUCAAGGGAAAGAUAUAUAUAUUUCCAAGGACGAGGCGAGGAGCCAGGAUCCCACCCGCCCUCUCUCUGCCUCCGCCCGCCAAGCCCCAGCAACAGUUGAGCUCUGGAACCCGAACGAUGGGUCUGCCGGAGGAGCAGCGCUAGGCAGGGGCGGCCGCGAGCCACACAGCCGGGCUGCGGCGAUGGGCACGGGCAGCAGCAGGCCGGGGAAAGGGCGCAGCUCGGUGAAGCCCUGGCGUGGCCGGGGCAGCGGGAGCAUCAGCGCCCCCGCCAGGCAGGGCCGAGCAGAGGAGGAGCAGGGCGCGGAGCCCAGGUGCUAUAGCCAAACGCCGGCGCGCGCCACCACCUCGCCGUCGGCGGGCGAGUCCGACUCGGACUCGGAGCUUCUGGACCGGGUGCUGGAGGAGUGCGGCGACGAGGGGCUCGGGCAGCCGACGGGGCGACGCCGCCGCCCCCUCCUCCUCGAGGCCGCCAGGGAUGGCUGCUCCCGCCCGGCAGAGGGCAGCGGCGAGGAGGUCUUUUCAGCAAGAUCCACUCCAGGCCUAGAGAGCAACAACUUUGCCAACCAGCUGCCACUCAAGAAGCUUGAGAGGCAGGCCAAGAUAUCCUACGAUUACUCCGAAGAGGAGCUGAUGGCAACGAUUGAGCAGGAAUACUGUCGCUGAAGGCUGUUGUGGGCUGUGCCAACAGUGACCUGUGAACAAGCUCACUAUGGGGCGAGAUAGUUGAAGCUGCAGCGGUGUUUCUCAGAAAGGUGUUUUCUCUGGGAUGGGGUGGGGAGGGGUGGGGAAGGCAAGAGCAGAGAAGAGGGCAUGCCACCAUCCAAGAAGGCUGGUAGAAUCCUCAAACAGGCUGGAGAAGCUUCUGCAGAGUUCUCUCUGCCAUUAUGUCAGGAUGUGGCCUUAUAGGGACUCUCGUUGUGCUCAUUUGGGAAAAUACAUCUCCAAAGCUGGCGCACCUACAGGCGGAAUGUCAAGUUUUCCUGAUAUCUUAAAAUUAUGACUUAUGAAGGCACCAUCACCUUCGUCCUCAGAGUCUUGGGAGACAUGCAAGGGACUUGAAUCCUUGUUUUCGACUGUCUGCUCUUUUGCCUUUCCUGUGGGCCAGCUUUGAUCCUGUCAGACCCCAAGCACUAACCUGUACAUUAUUAAAGCAUAUAUUCCCAGCAAAUUGUACCAGCCUCUUGUAGUUAUAAGAUUCUCCGUGGUCACUGGAAUGAAUCGGAAGGAAAUUUAUCAGCCAUGCGUCCAAGCUAAAUGCUAACUCUUGACAAUAUUAAAACAGGCACUAUUUCCUCUA